CCUUCAUACGAAGUUUCUUCAGAGAAGAAGAAAUUUCUCGAGUAGAGAGAGAGAUUCUCACAAUCCAAACUGGAAUUCCAUCGGCAAUGGCGCUCCUCAAGUUCGCUCUUCUCUGCAUCGAUCUCGUUGGCUGGCCUGCAAUUGCUCUGGUUUAUCCCCUGUUUGUUUCAAUCAGGGCAGUUGAGACUGGUUCCGGAUACCACAUGAGGAAGUUGGUCAGAUAUUGGAUAAUUUUCUCUUUGUUUUCUCUCUUUGAGUUUGCUUUUGUGAAACUCAUUGAGUGGAUACCUUUCUGGUCUGGUGUAAGACUUGCAAUUAUCUUCUGCUUAGUGAUGCCUCAGUUUGAGGGUGCAUGUCUUGCCUACCAAGGCCUUGUAAGUUCAUUUAUUGACAGGUUUGACAUGCUAAUGGAGGAGAGACUUUGUAAGAGAAGAACAUUUUUGGAUGUAGUAGACAAAUACCUCAACGAAAAUGGAUCAGAAGCCCUGGAAAAGCUUAUUGCAUCACAGAUGACACCACCAGAAGCAAGAGUGGAAAAUAGAUGCCUUGAGACUCCCCUCCUCAAGAAAUCUGAGCAAGAAUGGACCUGUGGCUUAUGUAAGAUGACUAGCGUUGGUGAGUCAACGCUGAAUGCUCAUCUUCAGGGCAGCAUGCACAAGUCCAAGCUUGAGAUCCUGAAAGCAAGCUUACUUAAUGCAAAAGAUACAGGAUUGUCGCCUUUGUGGCAGGUGCAACACACACGUUCAAUUUCCGCUGCUUGGGAUCUGAGGGGAACAUAUGCAGCUGCUGAGUUUAAAGAGAGAAUGCCACCAAAAGAACCAGAGAACACCCUCCUCAAGAAAGCUGAGCAAGAAUGGACCUGUGAUUUAUGUAAAGUUACUAUGGCGAGUAAGUCAAUGUUGAAUGCUCAUCUUCAAGGGAGCAAGCACAAGUCCAAGCUUGAGUCCCCUAAAGCAAGCUUACUUGAUUCAAAAGAUACAGGUCCCUCGCCUUUGGUGGAGCAUGCAAAUUCCAUUCCUGCUUGUUGGGAUCUGAAGGGAACGUAUGCAGAUUCUGAGGUUAAAGAGAUGACACCGCCAAAAGAAACUGCAGAAAAGUGGGGUCCAGGGACCUCUCUCCACAAGAUACCUCGUCAAGAAUGGAACUGUGAUAUGUGCAAGGUGACAACCAUGAAUCCGUUAACGUUUAACGGUCAUCUUCAAGGGUGCAAACACAAGGCCAAGCUUGAGAAUAUUAUAAAAGAAAGCUUGCUUGAUGCAAAAGAUACAGGAACCUUCUCACAUUUGCAGGUGCAGCAUACACAGCCAGUUUCUGCUGCUUGGGAUCUAAACGGAACACUAGAAGAUGCUAAGGAUAAAGAGAUGAUGCCACCAAAAGAAACUCCAGAAACGAAACUCCCAGAAACCCCUCUCCUCAAGAAAGCUCAGCAAGAAUGGACUGCCUUUAUUACUAGUGUGGAGAAUGCACAGUCAAUUCCUGCUGGUUGGGAUCUUAAGGGAACAAAUGCAGCUGCUGAGGUCAAAGAGAUUAUGACGCCAAAAGAAACUGCUGAAAAGUCAGGCCCAGAGAUCCCUCUCCACAAGAAAACUCAUCAAGUAUGGAACUGUGAUCAGUGCAAGGUGACAACCAAAGAUCCGUUAAUGUUAAACGGUCAUCUUCAAGGGUGCAAACAUGAUGCCAAACAUCUUCAAGAAAGCUUGCUUGAUUCAAAAGAGACAGGACCCAUCUUACCUUUGGUGCAGCACACACACCCAGUUUCUGCUGCUUGGGAUCUGAACGGAACACUUGUAGCUGCUAAGGAUAAAGAGCUGAUGCUACCAAAAGAAACUGCAGAAACGAGACUCCCAGAAACUCCUCUCCUCAAGAAAGCUCAGCAAGAAUGGACUGCUUUUAUUACUAACGCGGAGCAUGCACAGUCAAUUCCUGCUGGUUGGGAUCUUAAGGGAACAUAUGCAGCUUCUGAGGUUAAAGAGAUGAUGCCGCCAAAAGAAACUGCAGAAAAGUGGGGCACAGGGACCCCUCUCCACGAUAAAGCUCGUCAAGAAUGGAACUGUGAUCUGUGCAAGGUGACAACCACGGAUCCGUUAGUGUUUGAUGGUCAUCUUCAAGGGCGCAGACACAAGGCCAAACUUAAGACUAUCCAGAAAGAAAUCUCGCUUGAUGCAAAAGAUACAGGAUCCUUCUCACCUUUGGUUCAGCACGCACAGCCAGUUUCUGCUAGUUGGGAUUUGAACGGAACACUAGCAGCUAAGGAUGAAGAUGAAGGAAUGAUGCCACCGAAAGAAACUCCAGAAAUGCGACUCCCAGAAACCCCUCUCCUCAAGAAAUCUCAGCAAGAAUUGACUGGUGGUCUGUGCAAGGCAACUACUGAGAGUGAGUUAAUGUUGAAUGAUCAUCAUCAAGGUAGCCAACACAAGUCCAAGCUUGAGACCACCUUGAAAGCAAGCUUGCUCGAAGCAAAAGAUACAGGACCUUCACCUUCGGCAGAGCGUGCACAGUCAAUUCCUGCUGCUUGGGAUCUGAAGGGAUCAUAUGCAGCUGCUGAGGUUGAAGAGGUAAUGUCGCCAAAAGAAAAUGCAGAAAAGUGGGGCUCAGGGACCCCUCUCCUCAAGAAAUGGACCUGUGAUCUAUGCAACGUGACAGCCCCGUGUGAGAUAACGUUAAAUGGUCAUCUUCAAGGGCGCAAACACAAGGCCAAGCUUGAGACUAUCCGGAAAGAAAGCUUGGUUGAUGCAAAAGAUACAGGAUCCUUCUCACCUUUGGUUCAGCAUGCACAGCCAAUUUCUGCUAGUUGGGAUUUGAACGGAACACUAGCAGCUAAGGAUGAAGAUGAAGGAAUGAUGCCACCGAAAGAAACUCCAGAAAUGCGACUCCCAGAAACGCCUCUCCUCAAGAAAUCUCAGCAGGAAUUGACUGGUGGUCUGUGCAAGGUUACUACUGAGAGUGAGUUAAUGUUGAAUGAUCAUCAUCAAGGUAGCCAACACAAGUCCAAGCUUGAGACCACCUUGAAAGCAAGCUUGCUCGAAGCAAAAGAUACAGGACCUUCACCUUCGGUAGAGCGUGCACAGUCAAUUCCUGCUGCUUGGGAUCUGAAGGGAUCAUAUGCAGCUGCUGAGGUUGAAGAGGUAAUGUCGCCAAAAGAAAAUGCAGAAAAGUGGGGCCCAGGGACCCCUCUCCUCAAGAAAUGGACCUGUGAUCUAUGCAACGUGACAGCCCCGUGUGAGAUAACGUUAAAUGGUCAUCUUCAAGGGCGCAAACACAAGGCCAAGCUUGAGACUAUCCGGAAAGAAAGCUUGGUUGAUGCAAAAGAUACAGGAUCCUUCUCACCUUUGGUGCAGCACACACAGCCCGUCUUUGUCUUUGCUGCUUGUGAUAUGAAGGGAACACUUGAAGCUGCUAAGGAUAAAGGGAUAAUGCCACCGAAAGAAGCUGCAGAACUGAGACUCCCAGAAACCCCUCUACUCAAGGAAGCUCAGCAAGAAUUGACUAGUGAUCUAUGCAGGGUUACUACCGAGAGUGAGUCAAUGUUGAAUGAUCAUCUUCAGGGGAGCCAACACAAGUCCAAGCUUGAGACCACCCUGAACGCAAGCUUAUUCAAAGCAAAAGAUACAGGACCUUCACUUUCGGUGAACCACAUGGAAUCAGUUUCAGCUGCUCGGGACCUGAAGGGAACAUAUGCAGCUGCUGAGGGGGAAGAUUUAAUGCCCCCAAAGGAAACUGCAGAAAACAGGCACCCAGAGACCCCCCUACUCAAAAAAUUUCAGCCAGAUGGGACCGAUGAUGUAUUCAAUGUGACUACCAAGGGCGAGUCAAUGUUAAAUGAUCAUGUUCAAGGCAACCAACACAAGUCCAAGCUUGAGAGAACCUUGGAAGCAAGUUUGCUCAAAACUAAAGAUACAGGACUCUCAUCUUUGUUGCAGCACACACAGCCAGUUUCUGCUGCUUGGGUUCUGAAGGGAACAUAUGUAGCUUCUGAGGCUAGAGAGAUAAGAACACCAAAAGAAACUGCAGAAAAGAGAAGUUCAGAGAUCCCGCUCGUCGAGAAUGCUCAGCAAAAAUGGACCUCUGAUCCAUGCAAGGUGACAACCACAAAUAAGAUAACGUUAAAUGGUCAUCCUCAGGAGACAAAACACAAGGACAAGCUUGAGUUCACCAUGAAAGAAAGCUUGCUUGAACUUGAAAAGCAUACUGCAAGCAAGAAUGGACAUGUUGAAGGGAGGGAUUCCCAUAGAGAUGUCCAAGUUGUAAAAUCAGAGGCGAAAAAUGGUUCCCCGGCAGCUCUAAAAGAGGUGCAGUAUAUGCAGCCAAUUGAGGCUCCCAAAUGUACAUAUUCCAAUACUGAGGUUAAAGAGACGAAGCCACCACUGAAAGCAAGUCGCCCAGUAAAUCCUCCCUUCAAGAAAGAAUGGAUUGCAAAGUCAGAGGCAAAAACUGGUUCAUCGGCAUUACCAGAGGUGCAGCAGUAUGCACAGCCACUCAAGGUUCCCGAGAAAACAUAUGCCAAUACUGAGGUUAAAGAGACUUUGCCACCACCAGAAGCAAGUCGUGCAGUAACUCCUCCCCUAAAGCAAGAAUGGAGCUGCGCUUUAUGUAAGGUGAAAGUCACGGGUGAGAAAGAUUUGAAUUCUCAUCUUCUGGGAAGCAAACACAAGGCCAAGUUAGAAUCACUAAAAACAAGGAAGGGAAAGCCGGUUGUGUUAGCGAUUAAUGGGACAUUUAGACACUGGUGCAUUCUAUGUGAUGUGAAGCUGGCUACUGAUGUUGAUUUGGCUUCUCAUAUUGGAGGGAAACGACACGCUUCACGCAUCGAUAAAAUUGAGAAACUUGAAACUAGCCUUUCAGCAGGUCAGUGUCGGUGAGUGAUUUAAACCAGAAUGCCCUGUAGAGCUUAAACCAUUUGUUGGUCGUAGCUUCCCAAUAUUGGACAAUGCCAUUGAGUUUGAAAUCUCCUCUAGUUAAGGUUGUUCAUGUUGUCCAAUGCCAAGAUGUAGCAACACAUAUGAGAAGAAGAAGGCACAAGCAAUUUUGUUGGGAGAGAUUUUGGGUUUGUACCAGGCUAUAUGUGUUGAUAUGGAUUGAAUUCAUGAGCUGACAUCUAUAGUUUGUGAAGCAAGACAACAGAUUUUCGCCGACGGCGUAGUAACGUCUACAGCCUAGAAGAAGAAACGAAUUGGGGAAUUUUAUGGGUCUGAGGCACCCCAGGAAGUAGAUGUUCGACCACCUGAAGUCGUUAGUACGAAGGGAUCUGGUAGUAGACUCCCCUCAAGAGUGGAAAAGACUUUGAAUCUUAAGAGCAAGCCUUUGCGUCAAUACAAGAUAUGUCAGAAGUGGGGUCACCACGAUUCAAGGAAUUGCGACAAAUUCAAAGAGAAAGAAAAGCGACGGUCUAGAAGAAAUUCUGAAGUUUGGUACCAUGUAUUCUGUUUUUCGAAGUAACGUCAGUUUAAGUUUUUUUUUUGGAGUCCAUUUUAUUUGCAAUGUUUUACUCAGUUCAUUCAGAUUUGUAUUAGGCAUUCUGGUAGGCAGUAGUUUUUUUGUAAUGACUCGAAUAUUGGAUUAUUAUGACUCAAUUUACCCAUAAACUUCCAUGA